UAUAACUUGAAACUAAACAUAAACAUAUAAACAACAUAAUUAGCCAUCGCCUAAAGACUACAUACUUAAAAAAAAAACUCCGAUCAUGUCUCUCUUCGCGUCCUUCUUUGGCUGCUUCGUUCCAAAAUCCGGCUCAAAGAUUAGCUCAAUCGAUGGUAGUACUAGUAACUCAAAAGUCAUGUCUCUGGAGAAACCAAAAAGAAAAUCUGAUUCUUCAAGAGCUCCGAUUAUAGUGUCUUAUUUCCCAGUAGGUUCGAAUCUUUCCCGUUUGUAAGAGAAGAAGAUAAUUAAGAUGGAGUCUGGGACCUUGACAUAUUUUGCUGUAAUGUCAAAGGCUCUGUUGUUUUGUUCCUUUUUUUUUUUGAACUUUGUCUUGUUCCUAUUGUUUGUUUGAUUAUGUAAAAAACUGUUUUAGAUCUACCAAUUAUAUUUGAUAAAAAUAUAUAAUUUUUUGUGUAUUCAGGCCAAACAAAAGUGUAAAAGUUUACAGAAAUGAGAAAACAAUAGUAAUUCUUGUAA